AUGAUGAGUUUGCCUUCAGUUCCAAGGGGUCAGGCUGCCUCUGCUUCCAGAGGCAGUACACUCGCGCUUCCGGGAAGACGCUCCGUUUUGCCUCCCAUUGAGGCUGGCUUUGGUGGCGCGCGCGGUGCUUCGCGCCAAUCAGUGCUUGACCCGCCAGAUGGAGGUUUCGUUCGCCGCGUCUCCGUGACUCCUACGGCAAUGGAGAUGUCGAGCGACAGUAUCUCAAAAACCCUUUCGUCGCUGAAGUUGUUCAAGGAUUUGGACCCUGCGGUCAUGCAGAUGAUUCCUGAGAUAGUGACCUCCAUUGUCUGCCAGGCCGGUACCGUGCUGUUCAAGCAGGGCGAUCCACCGGGCAGCUGCUAUGUCGUCAUCGGUGGAGCAGUCGGUGUCUUUGCGCUGUCCGACGAAGAAAUGCCGCCUCAUCCUGCACAGGGUACGGCCCGAUUGGCAACAGAGACCGACUUCAUGCAGAGCUUUCUUCCUGGCCAGAAGACAGUGGAUGGGUUCAGUCGAUACCACGAUGACACGAACCUGGGCAAUCGGGUCUCCAAGCUUGGGCCCGGGAGCGUGGUGGGCGAACUCGCGCUGAUGAAUGAUCAGCCACGGCUGGCUUCUGCGAAGUGUCUGGAAGACACGGAGGUUUUCGUCAUCAGACGGCAUGACUUCGACAAUGUCCUGAAAGAGGAGAUGGUCAAGAAGGGUGAUGAGAAGUUGAGGUUCCUGAUGCGGCAUCUGCCAGGCAUGAAAGAGGUACCUGUGCCCAAACCUGGAGGAAAACCCCAUGCUGCUUACAUUUUCAAGCAUGCGAAGUUCCCACGGGGCCACACCUUCCUCGUGCAAGGCAAGAUUGCUGAACCACAUUUCUGGGCAGUAUACCGCGGUGCAGUUGAGUUCAAGAGGGCGGAGGUUCUCUUGCUGGAGAAGCUUGGAGGUCAGCCUUAG